GAAGACCUUCCCUAGCAGCAUCCAGACUGUUAGAGGCGCUCACCCAGCAUUUACCCUCUGGGCGACGACGUUCAGCGAGCAGCAGGAGGAGGAGGACAAGAAAAACUGAACAACGAUGAUUAUUUGAGCAUCCAUACAGUAACUGGGGGAUUUGACAGCGUGUUUUUAAUAAACGCAGGGGUCUCCACUGGGCAUGCUCCAUCUGUGCUGAGAGAAGAGCUGUGCUCGGUGAGAAUAACAGGCAGUUUGGGCGUUUUUUCUUCUUUUUUUCUUCUUCUUGGAGGAGGUUUGUCGCCCUCUCAUCUUUGAUUUUCUUUAUCAGCAGUGCAGGGAACGGGGUUGUUCUCCCAUCAAAAAGAGCGAGGGAUGUGUUCUUCUCAGCGAUGCAUGAACGGCAGUGAAGUCUGUGAGCGAGGCAGCAUCUCGGCGCUGAGACAAAGACCUGCUGCUUAGUGGCGGCGUGUCGUUAAAUUCAGGAAGGGAGCGGGAGUGUGAAGGAGGUGAGUCUGUAGGCAGCAACAGAAGGACUGAGCAGCUCCAUCAGGAGCUUUCCACCCAGCACCACUACCAUCAUCAUCACCGCAGUCACCUUGCUGUGAAAGUCAUAAACCUUCCUCAGGGCUGAUCUCAUCAACUGUCGCAUCCUGGUGAGUUUAAAGAGCUGGAUUUAUUCUGUCGGCGUUUUUCCUCUCUUUAUAUAUCUCUCUCGACAUCUUGGAUUUAUCGAUGAUGUGACGUCCAUUCUUAAUGUGAUGCCAUUGGCUGCAUUGGGUUUUGGAUUCGGUUUCUCUACCUUCCAGCGAGCCUGGCAGCACUGAGCGUUUCUGAUCCUCCAGCUGAAUGAAUGAAUGAAUGAAUGCUUGCAGAAAAUUCAGGGUUUAGAGGGGGAUGCGUGUCAGACUGCCCUGAUUUCUUUCACAGCUGCUGAGAAAAGGACUGGUUGCUUUGUGCGCUGCUUUCCUUAUGUAAUUGUUUCCGUCACCCCGAUCACUCCUGUGCAUGGUCUGCACUGUGCGCCUAGACUUACCUUUGCGAUGAAGGGAACUUAUUGGAGAAAUGCCUAAGGGACGCGAUGGGCCUGAGCGACGACAAGGAUCGCAUUGUGAUAAACGUGGGAGGGAUCAGACAUCAGACAUACCGCAGCACCCUGCGCACUCUACCUGGCACUCGCUUGUCCUGGCUGGCCGAGCCUGAUGCGCCCAACCACUUUGACUAUGAUGCCAAGAUCGAGGAAUUUUUCUUCGACCGCCACCCUGGCGUUUUUGCACAUAUCCUUAAUUACUACAGGACAGGUAAACUGCACUGCCCGGCCGAUGUCUGCGGGCCGCUCUAUGAGGAGGAACUGGCCUUCUGGGGGAUUGAUGAAACAGACGUGGAGCCAUGCUGCUGGAUGACCUAUCGCCAGCACCGGGAGGCAGAAGAGGCCCUUGAUAGUUUCAGCGGGGGGGGCCUGUUAGACCUGGGGAGUGAUGAUCCGGAGCCAGAGCAGGAGCACGCUGAAGAUGAUGUGGAUGAAAUGACGAGAAGGCUGGCUCAGGGAGACUCUCCUGAUACAAGGAAUGGGAGCCUGUGGAGUCGGUGGCAGAAACGGGUUUGGGCUCUAUUUGAGGACCCUUACUCCUCUAAAUAUGCAAGGUGGGUGGCUCUGGCCUCGCUGUUCUUUAUUCUGGUGUCCAUCACCACCUUCUGUUUGGAGACCCACGAAGCCUUCAAUCCCAUCAUCAACCGCACGGAAUGGGACGUGGUGGGCAAUGAAACAGUGAUGAACACCUACCAGGAGACUGAGACCGCCAUCUAUCUCACUUACAUCGAAGGUGUCUGUGUGGUGUGGUUCACGUUUGAAUUUCUAAUGCGAAUAACUUUCUGCCCAAAUAAAUUUGACUUCAUUCGGAAUGCGCUGAACAUCAUCGACUUUGUGGCCAUCCUUCCCUUCUACCUGGAGGUGGGCCUAAGCGGCCUCUCCUCCAAAGCAGCUAAGGAUGUGCUGGGUUUCCUGAGAGUGGUCCGCUUUGUGCGGAUCCUGCGUAUCUUCAAGCUGACCCGUCACUUUGUUGGGCUGAGGGUGCUGGGCCACACGCUGAGAGCCAGCACCAAUGAGUUCCUGCUCCUCAUCAUCUUCCUCGCUCUCGGUGUCCUCAUCUUCGCCACUAUGAUCUACUACGCUGAACGGAUUGGAGCUAACCCCAAUGACCCAAGAGCCAGCGAGCACACGCACUUCAAGAACAUCCCGAUUGGAUUCUGGUGGGCCGUGGUGACCAUGACGACCCUUGGCUAUGGAGACAUGUACCCUCAGACGACCUCCGGUAUGCUGGUUGGAGCUCUGUGCGCCCUGGCAGGUGUGCUGACCAUCGCCAUGCCCGUCCCCGUGAUUGUCAACAACUUUGGAAUGUAUUACUCGCUGGCGAUGGCAAAACAGAAACUACCAAAGAAAAAAAACAGGCAUAUCCCUCGGGCACCCCAACCAGGCUCUCCUAACUUCUGCAAGACAAGCAUCAGCUCCCAGCAUCAAAGCCCCAUUGCCCAUGACGAUGUUUUCGAGAUAAAGUUUCAAGAUUCUAAACUGAAUGGUGAGGCAGCUAACGCAGCUCUGGCCAAUGAAGAUUGCCCUCAUAUAGACCAGGCCAUAUCUCCGGAGGAAAUCUUCAGCCCCAGCGAGAGAGAGCGGCCCUGCUUCCUGGUCACCACUACUACUGAACGCCCCAACCACACAGGGGGCAGAGUGAGGAGGGAGACCCAACGACAGCACCGGAGCAGACAACCAACAGAGUCAGUUUGUGUUAUGAACCAUGGUGUACCAACCACUAUGUGUAUGACCCAUAAUGGCCCAUCACCCACCUGAUAGUGCUGUAGCAUUGUUGUGUGUAUUAGUAUUUUUAAAUGGUGUGACAGUGACAACCUGUACAUCACAAAACUCAGCAUAGAUGUAGCACAGAGGAAGUUUUGUUGUCAAGCCUUAUGUAGCUCAGUAUCUGUGACUGGUUAAUGUGUUGUAAUUUGUGUGCCUAUUUUUGGUGUGUGCCAGUGCUGUAAAUACGCUUUUUGUGUGCUGAAGUUGUGUGUACCAAUGUUUUUUGAGUGAUCAUCAAAUAUUUGUGUGCUUCUUCUGUCCAAAAGUGAAAAAAAAGAAAUGUUGCUCCGAUUUUAAACCGCAAACCCCCUUCAGCAAAAACCUGUCACGCGUCACGUCAGCCAGACUAAACCGUUGAAAACAAGUCAUUAACUUUGCACUGUCAUCGUCACACCUUUGUAGACUUUUGCACUGUUUUGCACCAGUGAACUUUUAACAUUCCUUUGAUAUGUUUUCAUGCAUCAGAGAUAAUGUCCACAAAAAAUAUAGUAAUAAUAAUGUCAUGCUUUAAAAAAAAAACUUUAAAAAAUCUAAAAAAAACCACCACUCUUACCUUGUAUUAAAGAGGCAUUAAAAUGGCAAGUUGUGCUGUUAGAAUAAUAAUAGUUGGUGAUGCAAAUCUUGUUUUUGCAGGGUAUGUAGGAAUGAAAAGAUAGGUUUUCAUUUACUGAAUGAUGAUAUGCAGUUGUACUUUGAUUAUCAAAGACAGCUCCUAUAUAACAUGCAUUCUCGUAUCAAAGCAUAGGCAUUUAAAUAAUUGUUUAAUUGAGAAUCACGUAUAAUUGGAUUAUACCUCUUUGUCAUUUUUUUGGACACAUCCAAAUUGCUACAUUGGUAUGUAAUACUAACUAAUGCCAAACCAUUAUCCUCAUCAUACUGGACAAGUGCCUAUGUUAUGUAAAUUCUUCUUACCAUUCAGGAUUACAGCUUAACCAACAUGACGACGAAAUAAUAUGCAUUUUCUUUUAAAUUAACCAUCAGUCACCAGCACAUUGACAACAAGCAUCAGCUCAGUACUUGAAAGCACGUGUACGCAGCAUCGACCCCAGUGCUGAUCAGCUUCUAAAGGCAAGCAACGAGCAUAACCUAAUUAAAGACGCAGAGUCCUGAUCCACUGUUUGUGUGGAAAAAGUUAGUGAGAAGGGACCAACUUUUUACCAAACAACUGCAAACACACUGCCAACAACUUGCUGAGAUCUGAGUGCAGUCUGGUACAGCAGAUCUGAAUAUGUCAAUAGAGCUGAGUACAAAUGGGGGGACUGUGUACUGGUCAAGGUAUAAUACAUAUAUGUGAGAAAGCAAGCAAGCAAGAAAGCUAUUAUCAUGAAACAGAAUCAAUUACACAACUUAGAGGCAACUAAUUUGUGGCAUUUGGUGCGAUUUCAGAGUGUGUGUUUUGAACACCGUGCAUUUUGUGGUUAGUUAUCUCAAUAAGGUGUUCAGUGGUCGUUCUGAUUGGUUUGUUGUUUAGGGAUUUUUGUGUCUUUUUUGACCAAUACAGUUCAGACUUGUACAAUAGUGAUAAAUAAAAAAGAACCACAGAAAUUAUCACUUUUCAGUGAGUGUCCAUUUAUUUCCCCUCCCCAACAUAAUCCUGGUAAAAGCACUUUAACAUUUAUUAAUGUUUCCACAUUUAACUUACAUGAACAUUUAAAGUAAACAUUUUCAUAUAAAAGAAAGUCAAGUAAAAGUAGACAUCAGCUUUACUGAGUACCUUCACUGCCUUUCUCAAAGGCACUGCCUUAACAACUGCAGUUGGUAUCCAGGUGCUGCACUGCGGAGGUCCACUCCUUAUAAAUAUGUAGGUUGGGUCAUGUCCAGUGGAUGAGUUUCUUCCAAGAUUAAUGAAGUAUGAAAGUGGUGCAAAUCAGACAAACAGAAAAUCAAAGAAUAUGACACAGAUGGGCAAGGACAUAAAUAAUUGAUAGACCAGUAGAAAAAUGGGAAAUAAAAUGCUGUUGUGUGUAUGUGCGAGUGGUACAUCACAAGACGACAGAGAAAUUUUCACUACGGAUUGCUGAGAUUGACUGCAUCCUGACAUUCAAGAUCACAGCAAUAAAACCCCUGACAUGAGAAGAUGGAGCUGUAACACUAGUCUAGCCCAUCCCUCAUAUGAUCUGUAACAGCUUCAUUGAGGAAGGCAAACACGUCAGGUGGACCUACAGCUACAGGCGUGGCCAUACCCUGCAAAGCCACUGGCCCCAUCGCGUCCAUCACAGACAA